GGCGGUAACCAUAAUGGCGGUCGAGUAGAUCAUGUUGUGCGGGGUCGAGAAACCUCACUCCGCGCAAAGGGGGAUGAUCGUACCACGUUGUGUUAAAAUGGUGAAGCUUCCUCGAGGCAGUUACACAGUGCUUACAACUGUCUCUGGAAGUGAAAGCACCAGAAAAUAAAUUAACUCAUACGCAGCUGUCAUCCGUACGCAAGGAAGUAAGCACAAGAUGCCGAACACCCUUAGCAGGAUGCAGCUCACCCUUCAUGCGACUCGCCAAAUACCUCACGGCGCUUCGCGCUUGGUGAUGUGAGAGCCUGGUCCGGUGAGAACCCGGCGUGCUCCGUCCCGGCUUUGUAGGGAUGCGAGGUCAAUGGUCUAACGACUACGGCAUAUGGGACGUGGCGACGGUGAUCCUGGCGUCCUUCGGGCUCAUGAUCGCAGCGGCCGGCGGGAUCGGCGGCGGGGGCAUCCUCGUCCCCAUCUUCAUCCUCGUGCUGCGCUUCGGCCCCAAGUACGCGGUGCCGCUGUCCAACAUCACCAUAUUCGGUGGCGCCAUCACCAACACCUUCCUCAACAUGAAGAAGAGGCACCCCCUCGCGGACCGGCCCUUGGUGGACUGGGACCUGAUCCUCGUCAUGGAGCCCCUCACGAUUGGGGGUGCGCUAGUGGGAUCUUUCAUCCAGAAGGUACUCCCAGAGGUUGUCCUGACGCUGAGCAUGGUUCUGUUGCUGGUGGCCACCGCAGACCGCACGUUCCGCAAAGGCCUUAAGGCCUUCAAGAAGGAAUCCAGCCUCCAGCAGGCGAAGGAAUUGGGGGGCACGGCAGACGCGAAGGUGUCGUCUGCCGCAGCGAUCAGCAACGACAAGUCGCACACUACCCUCCUCGGCAACGGAACGAAGUCCUACGGCGCGGCCAACGGUGUCGAAGACGGGAAGGGGACCUUCACCACGGCGGUGCUGGCGCCGUCCUCGUCCCCUGCUGCCAUCGCCGCCGGCGAUGUGGAAACCCCAGAGGAAGCGAUGAUGAUCCCGACAACCGCCCCGGUGUCUCCGGCGAGCCUGGUCCGGUGAGAACCCGGCGUGCUCCGUCCCGGCUUUGUAGGGAUGCGAGGUCAAUGGU